GUUCCAGCCAGAAUACUCUACCGAUGAUGCCAAGCAGAUUCCAGAGGCGUUAGAGGAUUUGGAGAAGCAUAAAGAAGGGUUCUUCGCCGCGGUUUCCAAACUGGAAGAGCUCGACGACAGUGACACAAUGAUCGAAGCUUGCAUCAUGGAAAGGAUCGACAUCGAGGAACGCUGCCGCAAGCUGAAAUCUUUUCUUCGAGAGCAUCAACCGAAGGAAGAAGGUUCCCUUAACGAGACGACAGGUUUGGCAUCAUCUACGCUUGCGUUUGGUCGACCUCACGCGCCAAACCUACGCCUGCCAAAAAUUGAGCUGCCAACGUUCGAUGGAGACCACACAAAAUGGCUUUCGUUCCGUGAUCGGUUCAUAGCCAUGAUCGACGCAUCUGCUGAGCUACCGUCUAUCGCCAAACUGCAAUACUUGCUUUCUUCGCUCAAGGGGGAUGCAGCCUUACCCUUCGAACACACACCUCUAACGGCAGACAAUUAUUCAGUGACGUGGGCAGCACUUUUAAAACGGUACGAUAAUUCUCGUCUGCUAAUACGUGAGUAUUAUCGUAAAUUGCACUAUCUUCCCGGAGUGCAAUCGGUGUGCGUGGACAAGCUAACCCACUUGGUGGAUGAGUUCACCCGUUUCGUCAACGGACUGGUGAAGCUCAAGGAACCGGUUGAUUCAUGGGACACACCACUAUCGAACAUGCUGCUUAUGAAACUGGAUCGUGAAACGCUAUUGGCUUGGGAAAAACACUCCGUACACUUCACCAAGGAUGCAUACAAAGAUGUAAUUGCGUUCGUGCAAGAUCGAAUCCAGAUCCUCAAAUCGACCAACAAUUUUGUGAGUGAGCAGAGCGCUAGUGGAACUAAGGUGGCCGGCAUUCAUCGUCACGCAGUGCAACGGAGGUUCGUCGCAAAUGCAGCUGCAUCGUGCCCUACUCCUGCUGUUUCAUCUGGUUCGAUUCAGCAGCCCAAGUGUCCAUUAGAGUGCGCAGAAGCUCACCCAUUACGCAGCUGUCCAGUUUUUAUCGGCAAGGAGGUUCAGCACCGCCGGGACGUCGUCUCAUCGAAGCGGUUGUGCUGGAACUGUCUAAGCAGCACACAUCAAGUCAGAGCGUGCAAAUCUGACUAUUCGUGUCGUACGUGUCGUGAACGCCAUCACGCUCUCCUGCAUCACACGCCACCUAGAACGGUCACAAUGGCAGCACAUUCCGACGACGACAAAGUGUUUUUGGAAACAGCAAACGUCCAGGUCAAGGACGAUUACGGCAAUCUCUUCGAGGCAAGGGCCUUACUCGACUCCGGUUCCAUGUCGAAUUUCAUAUCCGAUGAAUUCGCUCGAAAAUUGUUGACCAGUCGCAACAAGGUUAACGUCGCUGUAUCGGGCAUUGGAAAUGCAGUACAGCAAGUGAAGGGUUCGAUCGUCGCAACGGUGCAGUCGAAAACUCAAUCCUUUGCUACGGAGAUGGCUUUUCUGGUGUUGGAAACGCUAUCAGCUCACAUUCCCACUUCACCUACGGACAUCUCAUCGUGGAAAAUGCCGGACGUGGCAUUAGCUGACACCAACUUUAAUUUGCCUGGGCAUAUCGACAUCGUCAUCGGAGGCGAUGCUUUCUGGGAGCUUCACACCGGUCGCAAGCGCUCUAUUGGCAGAGGCAAACCGUGGCUGGUGAAGACGCACUUCGGCUGGGUGGUAUCCGGCAACACACAGCACUCAUCAACUGGCCCGCGGGUGUGCCAUCUCGCAACACACGACAUCCCCUUGGAGGAAAUUAUGCAGCGCUUUUGGGAAAGCGAAACCAUAGCCGAGGAUCCUGUGCUAUCGGUCGAAGAGGAUGCCUGCGAAAAACACUACUCAUCGACAACCGUUCGCAAUUCAGCGGGAAGGUAUGUUGUUAGUUUCCCUUUUAAUCCUAAUCCAAAUGUCGUUUUAGGGGAAUCUAAAGCAACAGCCGAUCGUAGACUCCGUUGUAUGGAACGCCGUUUGAUGAAUAAUCCUACAAUGAGAGACGAAUAUGUAAAAUUCAUGCAGCAAUACGAACAUUUGGGUCACAUGAAGAGGCUUACUGGUCCGGUAGACGAUUCGACUCAACAUUAUUACCUUCCUCAUCAUGCCGUGGUAAAAGAGUCGAGCACAACAACGAAGGUUCGGGUUGUUUUUGACGCGUCGUGCAAGACGUCCAGUGGCUAUUCGUUGAAUGACAAGCUGUUGGUCGGUCCAGUCGUUCAGGACGAUCUUUUCUCCAUCAUUCUUCGGUUCCGUUUGCAUGCCAUCGCCCUGACUGCUGACGUGGAGAAAAUGUACCGUCAGAUUCUACAUCACCCUGACGAUAGAAACCUGCUACGUAUCCGAUACAGAGAGAGCCCUACAGACGAAAUAUCCACCUUCGAGCUACAAACAGUCACGUACGGUACAGCAUCUGCUCCAUUUUUGGCAACUAGAACUCUACGGCAGGUUGCUAUCGAUAACAGCGACACAUACCCACAAGCUAUAAACGCUGCGUUAAAUGAUUUUUAUGUGGAUGAUUUGUUAACGGGAUCAAACGACAUUAACGAAGCCAUCGAAAUGCGCACACAAAUUUCACAAAUGUUGGAAUCUGCAGGAUUCUCGCUAAAAAAAUGGGCAUCGAAUCGGUCAGAAGCACUAGUAAACAUUCCUGCCGAAGACAUAGCAAUCCAACCAACGCAUAAGUGGCAAGAAUCAAACCAUGUAUCCACACUUGGAAUCGUUUGGGAACCAACAGCAGACACGUUUCGGUUCCGUAUUGAUAUGCCUCCUAUCACAACAAUAAUUACCAAAAGGCUAGUUUUAUCCGAUAUUGCUAAAGUUUUCGACCCUCUCGGCUUGCUUGGUCCUACGAUCAUCAUUGCGAAAAUGUUUAUGCAACAACUAUGGGCGCUAAAGAAGGAUGGAAAGUCAUUUGACUGGGAUAGCGAGCUACCAUCGCCCCUACAACGUGAAUGGUUAAAAUUUCAUUCAACCUUGGAAUCACUCCGUGAUAUACGCAUUCCACGUUAUAUUUCCCAAUGCACAGCUACAAACGUGCAAAUACAUAUAUUCGCAGACGCUUCACAAUUAGCAUAUGGUGCUUGUUGCUAUAUUCGUGCUGAAAGCAUAAAGGGAGUCAGUGUUCGAUUGCUAACAGCCAAAUCAAAGGUGGUAGCUUUAUCUAAUUCACAUUCGAUCGCUCGAUUGGAAUUGUGUGCAGCACGAUUGGCAACAGUCCUUCAUCAGAAGGUGCAACAAUCACUAAAAAUUUCUGCUACUACUAUCUGCUGGACGGACUCUAUGACGGUACUACACUGGCUAAACUCUGCCCCCAAUCGAUGGAAACCAUUCGUAGCGAACAGGGUCGCUAAAAUACAACAGACACCUAACAUACAGUGCUGGAAACAUGUUCCUGGCAUCGAUAAUCCAGCUGACGAUAUUUCGCGCGGUCUGACGCCGGAAAAACUAUUAGUAUGUGAGCGCUGGUGGCACGGGCCACAUUGGUUAUCGCGAGGCAUGGAAGAAUGGCCACAAGAUCCACCAUCACUAAAUGAGUCAGGGAACGCGGAAGAGGAGAGGUUGGCAUCACGGAUUGCAACAACAUCAACAAUCUGCGAGUUUCGCAACGGAUUGUUUUCACGGUAUUCGGUUUACCACAAGUUUCAACGGGUUGUUGCAUAUUGCCUGCGCUUCAUUCAUAACAUAAAACACCGCCAGCAAACUAAACCAAAUGCUAAAUCCGUUCCACUACUCACGGUCGAUGAGCUCACACAGGCAGAACUGAAAUUGUGCUAUUUGUCACAAUUAGACUCGUUUUCCGAAGAAAGACAUUGUCUACAAAAAAGCAAAGAGAUCCCCAAACAGUCUAAACUGAAAUGGCUAUCACCGUUCAUCGAUAGUCAGGGUAUCCUACGCAUUGGUGGCCGGCUAAGCAACGCACAGCUGGCAGAUUCAACUAAGCAUCCCAUUAUAUUAUCUGCAAAGCAUCCAUUAUCAGCACUACUGGCAGUUUCACUGCAUCUAAAGAAGUUACACACCGGGCCUCAAAUGCUUCUUACAACGCUACGCCAACGAUUUUGGCUCAUAGGAGGUCGCAAUUUGUGCAAAUCGGUCUACCACAGUUGUCACUCUUGUUUUAAAGCUAAACCUACCUUCGUCAAACAAAGCAUCGCUGAUCUACCAACGUCCAGAGUCACUCCAACGAGGCCUUUUUCUGUAUGCGGUGUAGACUAUUGUGGACCAAUAUACCUAAAGGCAACCAUACGCAACAAGAGUCCAAUCAAAGCAUAUAUUGCGAUAUCUGUAUGCCUUUCUACAAGAGCCGUUCAUAUUGAACUCGUAGCCGAUCUCACCACCACAUCAUUUUUAAAUGCACUACGCCGUUUAGUUGCACGUCGCGGACAAAUUAGUGAGCUACACUCAGAUAAUGCCACUACAUUUAAGGGAGCAUCGCACGAGCUGAACCGCAUUUACAAAAUGCUCAAAUGCGAUGAGAACGAUCGUAGUACUAUUUUCAAUUGGUGCGCGACGAACGAAAUCCAAUGGAAAUUUAUCCCUCCACGGGCACCACACUUCGGAGGUUUAUGGGAGGCAGCGGUGAAGGCAGCUAAAAAACACAUAAUAAGAACCAUAGGAACGAAAAGCAUAACACAGGAGAAUAUGCUUACCCUGCUGGCACAAGUGGAACAGUGUUUGAAUUCUCGACCAUUAACUCCUUUAUCAGAUGAGCCUUCUGAUUUAGAACCGUUGACGCCGGGACACUUUCUCAUCGGCUCUAAUAUGCAAGCGGUACCAGACGUCGAUCACACCGGAACACCAAACAAUCGGUUGAAAGAGUACCAGUUGGCGCAGAAACACAUGCAAAACAUUUGGGCUAGAUGGUAUCCGGAGUAUCUGCAACAACUGCAAGCGCGAGCCAAACAUUGCAACGGGCAAUCGGUGUCACUGCAAGAAAACCAGCUUGUGAUCAUCAAGGAAGACAACAUGCAUCCUACCUCGUGGCCGAUGGGUCGCAUCGUUGCAGUUCACCCAGGCAAGGACGGAGUCGUUCGCGUGGUUACACUGCGCACAGCUGCCGGAAAACAAAUCGUACGCGCAGCUAAUCGUUUGGCAAUUCUACCAAACCCCGACGUACUCAGCAAUUUGGAGAAGAAAGGAGACACUGGCACUGAGUAA